CCAACUCAUUGUCAUUGAAGGAAACGUUUCCGAGUAAUGACAAUGUUGGGCAUGUAUGUGCCAGACAGAUUUUCCCUGAAAUCGUCAAAGGUCCAGGAUGGAAUCGGUCUUUACACGGCGAGGCGAGUGAAAAAGGGAGAAAAGUUUGGUCCCUUUGCAGGUGAGAAAAAGCUGCCUAGUGAGCUGGAUGAAAGUUCCGACACCAGGCUGAUGUGGGAGGUCCGUGGUAGUAAAGGAGAUGUGCUGUAUAUUCUGGAUGCGAGUAACCCACGCUAUGCCAACUGGCUGCGGUUUGUCCAUCAGGCGCCUUCGCAAGAGCAGAAGAAUUUGGCAGCCAUUCAGGAUGGAGAAAACAUCUUCUACCUGGCUGUGGAUGACAUAGAGACAGACACAGAGCUCCUAAUAGGCUACCUGGACAGUGAUAUGGAGGAAGAGGAGGAGGAGGAGGAGGAGGAGAUCAUCAAAGAUGAGGAUGAAAACAGUAAAGACAACAAGCAUCUUGUUGAAAUGGAGCUGGCAACAAAGAAGGAGGACCACCCCUGCUUGCUGUGUGAGAGCAGUUUUCCCAGUGAGGAGAUCCUGGCCGCCCACCUCCAGAGUCUGCACCAGAGGCCCAGCACCGAGGAGAAGGAGUUCAAAUGCAGAAACUGUGGCAAGAAGUUCCCCAUCAAACAGGCUCUGCAGCGCCAUGUUUUGCAUUGUUCUGAGUCACUGGACCCAUCAGCUGACUCAAAAGCUCAUCAGUGCUCCUUGUGCCACAACACAUUCAGCUCAGAAUCCAGUUUUGAACAGCAUAAGGAAGCCUGUAAAGGAGAUGCUAGGUUCAUCUGUAAAGCAGAGAGCUGUGGUAAAAGAUUCAAGAGCAAGGACGCGCUGAAGAAGCAUAAAGGAAAUGUUCACACAGGGAGCUCACGGCAGAAACUCACAUGCACCAUAUGCAACAGAAAAUGCUCCUCCUCUCUGAAUCUACAGGAACAUAGAAAGGUACAUGAAAUAUUCGACUGCCACGCGUGCAAUAAGAAGUUCAUCUCUACAAAUCAGCUGAAACGCCACAUGAUCACACACUCAGAGAAGCGACCGUACACCUGUGAGAUCUGCAGCCGUUCCUUCAAGCGCCUGGAUCAGGUGACGGCUCAUAAGAUCAUCCACAGCGAGGACAAACCGUACAAAUGUAAGCUGUGUGGGAAGGAGUUUGCUCACCGCAACGUCUACAAGAAUCAUAAGAAGACCCACUCUGAGGAAAGACCCUUCCAGUGUGAGGAGUGCAAAGCGCUGUUCCGCACCCCCUUCUCUCUACAGCGGCACCUACUCAUCCACAACAGUGAGAGGACAUUCAAGUGUGACCAGUGCGACGCCACAUUCAAGAGGAAGGACACGCUCAACGUCCACAUCCAGGUGGUGCACGACGGCCACAAGAAGUACAAGUGCGACCUGUGUGAGAAGGCCUUUGUCACUCCGUCGGUCCUCAAGAGCCACAAGAAGACUCACACGGGGGAGAAGGAGAAGAUCUGCCCAUACUGCGGACAAAAGUUUGCCAGCAACGGCACGUUAAGGGUCCACAUCCGCAGCCACACAGGUGAGCGUCCAUACCAGUGCCCUUACUGUGACAAAGCAUUCAGCAAGAACGAUGGCCUGAAGAUGCACAUCCGCACACACACACGAGAGAAGCCAUAUAAAUGCAGCGAGUGCAACAAGGCCUUCAGCCAGAAGAGAGGGCUGGACGAGCACAUGAGGACCCACACAGGAGAGAAACCUUUCCAAUGUGAUGUGUGUGACCUGUCAUUCAGCUUGAAGAAGAUGCUCAGCAGACACAAGCUGACACACAACCCUAACCGGCCGAUGGCAGAGUGCCAGCUGUGCCAUAAGAAGUUCACCAGGAACGACUACCUCAAAGUACACAUGGAAAAUGUCCACGGGGAAACAGAGAGCUAG